AUGGGAGGCAAAGAGAGUCAUAUGCCUUCCAGUGAAUCCAGAGGUCGUUGCAGUGCCUAUGGCCAUACUAUUGCCCCAUCUUUUCCUCAAUUCACCAACACCACAUGUCAAACUAUGGCCUCCUCUCUCUACAAUGCUGACACAUUCAACUGUCACAGAACACAUUCAGAUAAUGGAGGCAACAAAUCCGAAUCAAGUGACCAAAAUUUGGGCGGUGAUGUGUGUUGUUAUGACUCCAAUUACACUGCUACCAAGUUGAAUUACAAAAUGUGUGGAGAUGAAACGGACGCCGAGGAUUACCACAAGCCCAACCCGUCAAAGUCCUCCCAAAACAAGGUGGCUGAACAUUUGUGCAGUGAGAAAGAUGUGAAGCUCACCUCCAUCAUUAGCAAUGAGACUGACACCUCCUCAUCAAUCUCCGUAGGCGAUGGCAGUACAGAGGCAAUUUUAAAGAAACUCAAAAAUCGACACAAAAUCUCAAAAAAUACUUUAAAAAAAACCAAAAAGCAUAAUAAUGGGUCACAAUCCUCGGAUGGUCAUUCAUGCAUUUCACAAACAUCCUCAUCCUCCAGUCCACCUUCUUGUUGCACUCCCGUCCUCUUUGUAGACUUGGUGAAGUUAAAGAAGACGGGUGUAGAAACCAAGACCAUGCAACAGGUUGCCUUAGCCUGUGAUUUCAAUGAAGCCUUCAAUGUUAACAUAUCAAAUGAACAGUCUUCUGGUGAUCUGCCUGAUCAACUACCCGGACGGCAUGGCGAUGAGAUAGAGACAAGAAACGAUCCUUCAUCCUCACAUCGACUAAGUCCACCGCCUCGUGGGUCGGAAGACACUGUCAACAGGUGGGUGACACCAAAACCGAGUCCCAAAUUAGGUUUCGUCGAGACAAACACAGGUGAUAUAAUAUUUACAGCCUAUCUAAGAAUGAAGGGCACUGGACCGGAUGAAUAUACCAAUGUGAAGAAGACCAGUGAGCGUCGAUUAAAGGGUCUACAGACUCAACAAAAUUGCAAAAUAAAGCUCUAUGAUGAUCCAAUUGAACAGAGAACUUUGAUGGUUCAUAAGUUGAGAAUUUUUGGACCCGGGUAUAGAGAGGUGAUUCGAUGCAAAAACUCUCUACCACGCUGCCUCACCGAUCGUCUCAUUACUGCACACGCAACUCUGGACGAGAACAUGAUCAAACCACAACGAAGGAGGUGA